AUGUCCCUCAACACCGUAACCUCCGGCCUCGGCCAAGCAACCAACCAAGCAACAAACGCCGUCUCAAGCGCGGCAAAACCCGCAACAGACACCGUGCAAGACACCACAAAACCCGUAACCGACGCAGCGACCUCAACAACCAAUUCCGCCGUCCCAGGCGCCUUCCCCAAGGACGAACCCCCGACCAACGAGCGCAACAACGUCACCAUCCCCUCGUGGUCUGCCAUCUGGACCAACUUCGUCACCUGGGUGAAGGGCCUCAUUCCGCGCGGAAUCGACAUCUUCGAAGCCGCCGUGCGCCGCUUCGUGACAUGGCUCAUCCCGCCGGAGCGGCAGGCCGCCAUGUACAGGACGGCGAUCGAGCACCCGAUUGCGGGGUCGUUUAUUGCGGCGCAGCUGCUGUGUGUGGGGAUUCCGCUGGUGCUGUUUAUUGCGGGGACGUUGAUUUUCGCGGCGGUUGCAAUGAUUGUUUGGGUGGUGCUUUCGUUACUUAUUCUGGGACCCAUUGUGCUUGUUGCGAGUCUUUUGGGGAUUAGUCUGUGGGGGUGGGGGUGGUUUGUUUUUGGGCUUGUGCGCUGGAUUGAUCGCUUGUUUUUGGGGGGUGUUAUGGAGAGGUUUUGGCUUGCGAAUGUUCAGAGAGAAAAGGAAGAGGAGGAGGCCAGGGAGAAGGAGAAGGAAGAACAGGAAACGGCAAAAGAAGGGGGAGAAAGUGGUUGUGAUACCGGAAGUGAGGAGAAGAAGCAGUAA